CCACCACCUCCUCAGGGCAUGAAGUCCAACCCCUCCAAGCGGCAUCGAGACCGCCUUAACCAGGAGCUGAACAAGCUGACUGGCUUGCUGCCCUUCCCUGAAGAUGUGCGCACCGGCCUUGAUAAACUCUCCAUCCUACGGCUGGCUGUUGGAUACCUGAAGGUGAAGAGCUACUUGAGGGCCCCAGCUAUGAAUGAUGUUAACUGCAAGUUGGAUCAGCCCAGAGCUCCAGGAGCAAAUGGACAGAUGGAUCCACAGCUCAACAUGGAGCUGUUUCCUGAGGGGGCACUGCUGCUCCAGGCACUCAAUGGAUUUGUCAUUGCUGUAAGUGGAGAUGGCUACAUCUUCUACAUCUCCCCUACUGUGCAGGACUACCUGGGCUUUCGUCAGUCGGAUCUCAUCUACCAGAGCGUGUAUGAGCUGAUCCAUGCGGACGACAGAGCUGCCUUCCGCUGCCAGCUGCACAGGGUGCCGGCGUCCGCUGCUGAGGCCUUACCCACCGACCAGUCACUGCUGGCUGGAUGCAGCGUCACGUCCAGCCCACAGCACCUCUGUCCCAAGAAGCCCUCCUUUGUGGAGAGGAGCUUCACCUGCCGCUUCCGCUGCUUGCUGGAUAACUCCUCGGGAUUUCUGGCCUUGAAGUUCCGCGGGCGCUUGAAAUUCCUUCUUGGUCAACAGCAGAAGGCAUCGAAUGAGUCCCCACUUGCUCUCUUUGCCAUUGCAACUCUCCUUCAGCCACUCUCCAUCCUGGAGCUUCGGACCAAGAUGCCGAUCUUCCAGACAAAGCACAAGCUGGACUUCACUCCUGUGGCCUGUGAUUCUCGGGGGAAGGUUGUCCUGGGGUACACAGACAUGGAGCUGUGCCAGAUGGGGUCCGGGUACCAGUUUGUGCACGUGGCCGACAUGAUGCACUGCGCAGAGAACCACAUGAAGAUGAUGAAGAUGGGGGAGAGUGGGCUGACGGUUUUCCGCCUGCUGACCAAGAAGGGUAACUGGGUGUGGUUGCAGGCCAACGCCUGGCUGGUGUACAAAGGGGGCAAGCCUGACUGCAUCAUUUCCCGGCAGCGAGCCCUGUCGAAUGAAGAAGGGGAGGAACAUCUGCGGAAAAGAAACCUGCAACUGCCUUUUAGCUUUGUCACCGGUGAAGCAAUCUUGUAUGGGAAUGACUUUCCUGAGUCCAUGGAUUCCUUCCAGACUAAGGAGGAAUUGCAAACACAAGCAAACUCCCGCUCAAAGCAGCGCUCAAUAGACCCCAACUCUCUUCUUGGGGCCAUAAUGAAGCAGGAUGCAUCCAUAUACUUUUCCCACACUGAUGAUGUGCCUCAGUUCUCCCUGCCAGAUCUCGGCACCGAGCCCGAUGGACUGAGAGAGAAUGAGAAAGUCAGUGAUGCUAAGGACAGUGACUCCCUGCUAGUUGUUAUCGAAACCCUCUUCGAGAAGAGUGAGGUGGAUGGAAGCAUCUCCCAGACUCUCCAGAGUCUCAGCAGGGACAACACAGAGCUGCAGCGGUGGGAGGAGGCUGUGCUCAGUUUGGGUGCAGAGGAGGAGCGGCCAGCUCGGGAGGCUGGUGAGAGGCUGGGCACUGAGGUGACAUCUGACGUGGAGCAGAUGCUCCUCAGGGAGGCUGCUGGAAAGAGCAUGGACUUCCUGCACUGCAGUGCAUCACCCUGCAACAAGGAAAACAGUGCUGCAGCUCAUUUCCAGCACUGCUGGGCAACUCAUUCACCCUUUCAAGCCCUACCACAGUCUCAGACACCUGGUGCACAAGGCCAAGGUGCUGUGGUCUCUCUCCUCUCUGUUACUCCUGAGGUGAACUCUGCUCAACCAGAACAGCAGGUCCCAUUUAACCCACAUGGGCUGGUGGUGGAGCCUGUUCUGGAUGUCCAAGUCUCCAGCAGCAAGUCCUCUGUAGCACUUCAGACGACAAACCCAGGACAAGCCACGCAAGCAGGAGUUACCACCUCUGCUCCUGUAGAUAACACUAUUCCUGAUGAUCAGAGUCAGCCCAGGUGCAAGCUGGUGGGCGCAAGCUGCCCACCUCCAUUGUGCUCAGAUGCACCAGUGACUCAGUGGCACAAUGUCCUGGUACAGGCAAACUCAGCCAAUGCUUUGGGUCGGAGUGCUUCUGCUGGAGAUUUCCCAUCAGAGACUUGGAUGACCAUAGCUCCAAAACAGCUGGAAGCAGCCGCAGUGCACUGGGAGUCACAAACUCCACUGGCUGGCAGCCCCAAAAACCUUCCAGAUGCUGGGCUCUGGUUGCUGCCCUCACAAUCUGCUCCUUGUCCUGCACGGGGCUUGCAUGAGUCCUUGUUCUGUGAGGCUGGGGGCCUCUGUGAUGAGGAAACUGCUUUCCCUGCACAAGCAGCAGCACCCCUAGGAGUCAGCCAGCUGCCAGGGGAUGGUGUCUUCUCCAGACAACCCCUGAUACCCCACCUAGAGUCCAGCUUUUCCUGGGAAGGGGACCAGGCAGUGCUCCAAGAGGACACAUGGUUCACGCAGCACCAGCCGUGGCUGCUGCAGGCUGAGGCAGCUCCUUGGAGAUGGUGUGGGACAGGUCCAGUGCAACACGGUGGACUCCUGCUGGAGCCCAGCAUGGGGCCCAGCACCCACCAGACAGACCAUGUUGUCCUGCCUGCGUGCCAGUAUGGACACAGCCUUUUUGGACACGAGAGCAGCUUUCUUAGGGAUGCCUAAAAUACCCCUUCCCCAGCAGCUGGGUGCUUCACCUUGCCCCAGCCAGAGCCAACAUGGAGCAUCUCAUUCCUCACCAGACUCAGUUUUGAGGUGCUCACUAACUCUCCCUGCAAAG